AUGCCGAAAGUAAGGUCAGCGACAGGAGCCCCUCGUAAGCAGGGGUUCAACAAAUCGAACCAUUCGAUGAACCCCGAAAGGCCCACCGAAGGGUUAAAAGGGGUUUCUAAGGUCCGUACGAAAGGGACGAUUAAAAGGUUGCAGAUGUACAGAAACUUCAAAGCCAAAAGAGACAAGUCCGGUAAAAUUUUAACCCCUGCACCAUUCCAAGGUUGGGUACCGUCGGGUACAGUAGCACGAGUGGAGCCCAAUCAGAAAUGGUUCGGAAACAGCAGAGUUAUAUCGCAAAACACCUUGCAAAAAUUCCAAACCGAACUAGGAAAAGCGCUAAAAAAUCCUUACCAGGUCGUAAUGAAACCUACAACUCUGCCCAUAACUUUACUAAACGAAAAAGCAAAAAACGCUAGAGUUCAUUUACUGGAUACCGAAAGUUUCGAUAGCGUCUUUGGUCCUAAAAAGAAGAGAAAGCGUCCCAAUAUCAUGGCCAAAGGCAUAGAAGAAUUAAGCGAAUUAGCGGAGAAAUCCGCGAAUGAAUACAGCAACGAAAAAGAUUCUAAUAUCGUAAGGGAUGACGAGGGAGUUAGAGAUUUACCCAGAGAUUGGGUAAUGGCCGCUGGACAGUCAAAGAGAAUCUGGAAUGAAUUGUACAAAGUAGUCGAUUCAUCUGACGUGCUGCUGCAAGUUUUGGACGCUAGAGAUCCAUUGGGUACAAGAUCGCCUUAUCUAGAGAAAUAUUUAAAAACCGAAAAGCCCCAUAAACACCUCAUUUUCAUUUUAAAUAAAGUCGAUUUAGUUCCCACGUGGGUUACACAAAGAUGGGUAGCAAUAUUGAGUUCCGAGUAUCCAACUGUAGCCUUCCAUGCGAGUAUUACUCACCCAUUCGGAAAGGGCUCGCUAAUUAAUCUACUUAGGCAAUUAGCUAAAUUGCAUAUCGAUAAGAAGCAGAUUUCGGUUGGAUUUAUAGGCUAUCCGAAUACUGGAAAAUCGUCAAUAAUUAACACAUUGCGGAGCAAAAAAGUGUGCAAAGUAGCUCCUAUUGCUGGAGAAACGAAAGUAUGGCAAUACAUUACAUUGAUGAGAAGGAUAUACCUGAUUGAUUGUCCGGGAGUGGUGUAUCCCUCAGCAGAAACGGACACCGAAAAAGUUCUAAAAGGAGUAGUAAGAGUAGAAUUGGUUAAUAAUCCAGAAGAUUACAUUGAGCACGUAUUGGAUAGAGUUAAACCGGAAUAUAUCAAAAAAACAUACAAAAUCGACACCUGGAACGAUCCCACAGACUUCUUGGAGAAACUAGCCAAUAGGUCCGGCAAAUUGCUCAAAAAAGGCGAGCCGGACAUAGCCAGUGUGGCGAAAAUGGUGCUCAACGACUGGCAACGCGGUAAAUUACCGUUUUACUGCAUUCCAGCAGGUUACGAACAGCCUUUGAAACCAUUAGAAGAAUCCACUGUGGAAAAUAAAGUUUCCGUUAUUCAAGAUUUCGGAAAAAUCAAAGUCGGGCUCACCUACGAAGGGGAAGACGUCAAGCAACUCGAACCUAUUGAAAAUUUGGACAAAGCAGUAUCAGAAUACGCAGACGAUCAAUCCGAAAUCAAUACUACAGUCGAUGAGACUGAGGAGAAAUCUGAACUUAACAGUACUGUAGAUGAUUCCGAGAAAUCUGAACUUAACAGUACUGUAGAUGAUUCCGAUACCGAUUCGGAUAUCAGCUUUUAUUCCGAUAUGGAAACGCAAACUGAGACAGCCAGCGGCACGUUCCACGUCGAGGACUUGUCGAAGAAGAAAAAGAAAACUAAACAAGGCAAGAAUGUGGAAGAAGGAGCUGUUAAGAAGUUGACCAGCAAACAGAAGAGGGCGAUUGAAAGAGCGCAGAAGAGGAAGAAGAUCGGUAGCAACUUUUACGAAGUUACUAAUGUUAAAAACAGGAAUAGAAAUAAGAAAAAAGUCUAA